CUCGUAUUUCUUACGUGAAAGUGCUAUUUAAUAAAAACGCAGUUAUAAACUUACAAAAUGAAAACUUUCAUAAACACAGAGAGCGAAAUUAUCGAUGUGCUCUGGAAGCAAGAUGUCGAUUUGGGUUUUUCAUUGACACCACCGCAUCUGUUGAAUGCAACCGCUAAUAACGGUAGUAAGGGUGCCGUCGCCGAUGACGAAAUUGAGAAUUUGAAAGCGCUGAAAGAGCUUAAAUUAGAUAAGCCAAGCUUUGAGGGUAAAGAUGGCAAUGAUGCUGGCGAUAUCGAUGAUGAAUGGGCUGGUAUACCCUUUACCGUGGACAAUGAAACUGGUGAAUAUAUACGUUUGCCACUGGACGAAAUUCUUAACGACGUACUACAACUGGCUGAAUUCGGUAAUAUUAAUAGCGAGUGCUCAAACGAUUCUGUCGCUUCAACAUCGAAAGCUGCGGCUGCCAAAACUAACAACAACAACAACAUCAACAACGACAAGACCAAAACGGAAACCGGCGAAGACGAGCUAAACGAAAAUAAGAACGUCAGUGCUAUCAUAUCUAACGGCAAAGACGAAGAUUUGGCAGAGAAAACACUCGGCACAAUUACUGACGGCACCACCAAACAGGAACAGGACAACACCGAGGAAGAUUAUAUUGACGAUUUCGAUCUAUCCCUGUCGGAGAUCGAAGUCAAUUCAUUGCCAUCGCCACUUUUCGAUUUAGAUGACGAAGCACGCGAGGAAUUAGCCGAUUUCGAUAUAAUGUUACAAUCAGCCGGUGCACCACCAUCGCCAUUCCACCACCAUCAUUCGCAUCAACGCGGUGCCGGCAUGCAGGGUUAUGUUGGCGGCGGCGCGAAUAGUGCUUUCCACCGUCAAGCCAGCGGCUUCCAUCAUGGUCACCAUCAGGGUCGCAUGUCCCUCAGUCGUGGCGUUUCGAUGGAGCAACGUUUACAGGAUAUUGCCAGUUUCUUCAAUCCGAUAUCGAGCAUGGGUGUAGUCGGCGGCGUCUCCGAUAUGCCGCCCUAUCCCCACUAUCCCACACAUCCAUAUUCGUAUCAGGGUGCCGCUGGCAUACCAGCACCACCGCAACACGCUCAAUAUCCGCCGCCACCACCGCCGCAUUCACACCACCACAGCCACCAUGCCAUGUUGCAUGCCAACGCCACUUUGGGUGAUAUCUGCCCCACGCAGCCGCAUUAUGGCCAUAAUUUGGGUUCAGCCGUCACUUCUAGCAUGCAUUUGACCAACUCCAGCCAUGAGGCUGAUGCCGGUGCAGCUGCAUCAGCCGGCGCUGCGGGCGGCAAUGUGGGCGCCUACAAAAUGGAACACGACAUGAUGUACUACACUAACUCUUCUUCGGAUAUGAAUCACACCACUGAAGGAUUUAUUAACUCAAUUUUGAAUGAUGAGGAUUUGCAUUUGAUGGAUAUGAAUGACAGUUUCUGUCGCAUGGUUGACGUAAACAACAGCACAAGCAAUAACUCGUCGGUACUCGGCGGCAGCGCUGGUCUCUCCAACGGUCAUGCAAGCGGCGGCGGCGGUAGUGCCACAGGUUCGUCAACUAACGGGCUCGCAAUGAACGGUGCUGGCGCUACGAAUAGUGCGCUCGCUGGCGGUAUGACAGCCGAUCUCUUGGGUUCGGGUGCGGGUGGCACGAGCGCCGGCGGUGAUCGUUUGGAUGCCUCCAGCGAUAGCGCAGUCAGUUCCAUGGGCUCGGAGCGUGUACCAUCCCUCUCGGAUGGUGAGUGGGGUGAGGGUAGCGAUUCGGCGCAAGAUUAUCACCAAGGCAAAUACGGUAGACCGUAUGACUAUAGUUACAAUAAUAAUAAUAAUCGCAUGAACGAUGGUACUCGUCAACCGCCAGUAGCACAGAAGAAACAUCAAAUGUUUGGCAAACGUUUUCUCAAUGAACAACCCGAUUUGGGCGCGGCGCCUACUACCGCUGACAAUGGCAGUAAUAUCGGUGUUGUGCCACCGACUGGCACGAAUUCACAACUAAAUAUUGGUCCAGCACAGUCGAUUAAAUAUGAAUACGAAGCAUAUCCAACCGUUCCGGGUCUACAGCCGGGCGGCGCUGGCGGUGCACUAAAUGCCGAAGGUGCUAUAGGACCGGUGCUAAGUAACAAGGAGCAGCAGGCAUACGAUUUGAAGUAUGGCCCCGCGGUUGCAGGCGCAAUGGGUGGCUAUACGCUGGAUUUCGCACAGCGACCGCCGCGCACACCGCACGAGAUCGUUCAGCAUAAUCACACGUACACACUGCCACAGGGCACCGGCUCCAUGCCUCGGCCACAGGCGCGCGAUAAGAAACUCUCCACCUCAUCGUCAAAGUCCUCUAAAUCCAUCAAUGGUGAAGAGGAUCAUUUGACGCGUGACGAGAAGCGCGCACGCGCUCAGAAUAUUCCUAUAGCGGUGAGCGAUAUCAUCAAUUUGCCCAUGGAUGAGUUCAACGAACGUCUCUCCAAGUAUGACUUGACCGAAAAUCAGCUGUCACUGAUACGCGACAUACGCCGUCGUGGCAAAAACAAGGUGGCCGCACAGAAUUGUCGCAAACGUAAGCUCGAUCAGAUACUCUCGCUGGAAGAUGAGGUGAAAGAGGUGCGCCGCCGUAAGGAGCAGUUGCAUUCGGAUCGCGACAGUCUGGCUUUGGAGCGUAAGCGCAUAUCGAACAAGUUCGCGGCGCUGCACAGACACAUAUUUCAAUACUUGCGCGAUCCCGAGGGCAAUCCAUGCUCAACGUCCGAAUACACGCUACAACAGGCCGCCGAUGGCUCCAUUUACUUGCUGCGCAAAUCGGACGCCACAAACGGCAGUGGCAACAUCAGCAAUAGCAGCAGCACAAGCAGCAGCAGCAGCGGUAGCGGCAGUGUAAGUACGCUACUGAGUCACAAUGGCAUGUCGCCACAGCAGCAACAGCAACAACAACAUGCAAUGCUUGGCACUGCGACACAUUUGCAACAGCAUCAUCAUCAUCAUCAUGCGCAAGCGCCACAACAGCAACAGCAGCUGUCACAUAUACACACACAGCAAGUGCAACAGGGCCAGCAGCAACAGCAACAACAACAGCAGCGGCAACAUUCUGCGCAUGCGCAUGCACAUCAUCAUCAAACGCAUCAGAAAGAUUGAAAAUUGCUGUUGCAGCACUAUG